AUGGUAAAACUGCUCAGGAUAUUCCAACUGGACGAGAUACCGUGUUCUCAUGCAUGGGCAGUAUUGAAGAAUAAAAAUUUGACUGCUGAUGCAUAUUGUUCGGAUUUAUUCAAGCCGGAAACAGUUGUGAACACAUAUGAUGUGCCAGUUGAUCCUCUUCCCGAUGAGACCGAGUGGAAUGUUCCUAAAAGUAUAUCAGAUGAAGUUGUUAUGCCACCGAUCUAUAAGAGACCCCCUGGGAGGCCAAAAAAGAAGAGGGACAAGCCAUUACAGGAGUUGAUGAUUGGUAAACGCAGGAAUUCCUGCGGUAAAUGUGGACGUCUUGGUCAUAAUAGGCGUUCGUGUGAUAAUCCGCCGCUCAAUAAGAAGAAUAAAUAA